GGUUCCGUUGGCAUCAAGCUUUUCCCUCGCUCAAAUUUAAAUCCAUUUUUUGUGAUUCCUUGCUGCAGCGUUCCAGUCCAUCGGAGAACUCACAACUCAACAACGGCGGCGGGGAGGCUUAACGAACAGAAAACGAGGCUCAAAGAAAGCACAGAUCAAGAAAAGAUGAAGAAAAGAAGCCACAGUGAGAAUGAAAAUAAAGACAGGCUGAGUAAUUUACCAGACUCUGUUAUCCUUCAUAUUUUAUCAUUCUUGAAUACCAAACAUGUUGUUCAGUCUUGUGUAUUAUCCACGAGAUGGAAACAUCUCUGGAAAUGUAUUCCAACUCUUAUCUUGCAUUCUUCAAGAUUUACCACUGUCAAAAAAUUUGCCUCAUUCGUCUCUAACAUUUUGACUCUUCGUGAUACCUCGUCUUCACUUCACGCUCUUGAUCUUUACCUUCACGGUGAUAUUGAGCCUCAACUCCUUACAAACUAUGCUUGCUCCCAUAAUAUUCCUCGCAUUCUCAGCUGUGUUUCUUCUUGUAAAGCUCUUACAUCUCUUAAGCUUUCACUUGGUAUUGGUCAUUUUACAACAACAUUAUUUCCAGAUUCUUUGAAUUUGCCUUUAUUGACCAACUUAGAUCUUACAAAUUUUGCCUUUUCUGCUGAGCCCUUCUCCACCUUUACCAAGUUGAAUAGUUUGGCCCUUCAUAGCUGUAAGAUAAGAAAUGCAAAAUUACUCAAAAUAUCAAGUGAGAUGCUUGUCAAUUUAACUAUGCAUAAUUCAUUUGACUGUGUCAAAAUCGAGCUUUCUACUCCAAUACUUUGUACCUUUAGUUUUAUCGGAAACCUUAUUCAGGAAAUAAGUGGGAGUGGACUUUCUUCUGUUAAAAAAGUAAAUAUUAAUACAAAUGAUGAUCCAGCUUCAUUGGGGGAUGUUUCCUCUCCACUCAACUGGCUGAUGCUCCUUUCCAAUGUAGAAUCAUUGACGGUCACUUCUCCUAUUCUUCAGAUUCUCUCCUUAGAUCCCGAUUUAUUGGUGGUAAAGCUCUUUUCGCUGUGUAAGUUGAAGUCAUUGGAAGUAGAAUUGAUACCUCUUCGUGAUGGACUGCUACAAUUAGUGAAAGAAGCCAUGUUAAAGAAAGCUGAUGCCAAGUUAAGACGGGCAUUUAAAGCACGUUUGAAAUCACAUCCCAUACCUGAUGAAAUAGUUGACUUCUUGCGACAAAACUUGCCAUCUACAGAAGUUAAAAUCACAACAGAUUUCUCGACUUAUUUUAAUCUGAAGCAGGUAGUUAUCUAAAAAACAUAUGGGAGCUGAGUGUGGUAAUUUUUAUAAGAAUCUGAGCUUAGGCAAUUUUAAA